ACCAAUGGAAGAAGAAGAAACUUCACUAAACCCCAUUUCACUCUCCGACCUCCUCCACCGUUCCCGUCCCGUCACCGGCGCCACCUUUCUACCCACCGGCCACCCAACUCCCCGUCCAAAACCACCACCACCAGCCACCCCUUCACCCUCCAAUCCACAAACCCCCAAAAUCCUAAAACCUUUCACCCACCCAUCACCCCUAAUCGGAACCCUAACCCUAACCACCCCUCCCUCUUGCUCCAAUUCCAGUUGCCUCCACUUCUCCGACCACUCUGCCACCGUUUGUUGCGACAUUCUCGACUUCAAUCUUCGAAUCAUCGGCCAAACAAUCAGAGUUCUUGCUUGGAACUUUAUUCCAGUUAAACCCCAUGGUGGGUAUUUGGAAAUUAUCAGGUGGUGUUUUGAUGAAAUUGGUACAACUAAAUUUAAUGCAUUUUAUUUGAACUCUGUAUUGCCGACAUAUGAAGAGAGUAUUAUUAUUCCUCGUUGUUUAGUUUAUGGUAUACUGGAAUCUGUUAGUCCGGUUACGAAUGUACCUUGUACCGCGAAUAAAACCGGUACGAAAAACCUUAAUGGGUUUCUUGCUGAGGUUACUGUUUGUGAGUGUGAAUUGUGUAGUUCUAGGGACAGAGUAAUGUCAUUGGAUGAUUUAAUAGGAAAACAUGGUAAAGAUCAUGUUUUUAUGAAAUCCAAGAUUUUGUAUUUUUGUGGGUCGGCGUCGGUUUGGUAUUCUGUGAUGUCGAGAUUGGUUGGAGGGACUGUGUUGAUUUCGGGUAUGAAGAAGAAGAUGGUUUUUCUUGGAGAAGGGAAGUCUUUGAUGAUGUAUGUGAGUACAGAGAAAGCGAUUAUUCAUAUUCCAAUGUCGGUUACUUGUAAAAACGGUGGUAAUGGAAGAAAUGAUACUGUUAGAGAGAAGGGGAUGUGUAGUGUCUACACUGGAAGCGUCACUGCGAUGUACAUGCAGGGAAUGGUCGUUGAAUUGGAUCAGAAAGUGUUGCUUUUACUUACGGAUAACCAACUCUCGAUGCCGCAUAGUCUAAGAAUUGGGGCGAUUGUAACCGUGAGAAACUUCCAUAUCGAGGAUCCGAAAUUCUCGUGGACAAAAGUAACGAUAUUUGGAUCAUGCUACAAGACUAGCAUUCGUGUUAAUGUAUUUUCUCCAAUUGAGAGUGGAUGUUACCAAGUCUUGCAAUCACGAAGCCUUCUUAGGAAGUUUAUCGAAUCACUUCAAUUUUCCGCUAGAUUAUGGGUGUUACUUGUAGUUUCAUCUUUUAGGAAAAAGUUCGCCGGAGUUUUAUCUGAGACAGAGAUCUUAGGAUCAAAACAUAUGGAGGGUUUAGUUCAGAAAUAUUCAAGUUCAUCUUUACCUUUAUCAGUCUUUCGCUUUCGGCAUGGAGUUCUGUCAGAGUAUUGUUUGCAUGACUUAUGUGGCUGCGGGAAAGAAAUUGAUUACAGUUAUCCAAAACUGGUUGUGCCCAUAUCCAAUCUUAUCUCUAAGUGCGAAGACAUGUACAUUAAAAGUUUAUACGAGAUGAACCGUCAAUAUAGUAGUAUAGUUUGUGGAGGGAAGUCUCAUGAUCAACCGUUUAGAAAAAUUUUGAAAAGUGACGAUAUGAACAUAGUUUUUCUUGGAAAUUUAAGGGUAUCUGAACACUCGGGAAAAUUACAGUUAAAUGAUGCAACUGGCAGCGUUGAUGUUGUAAUACCUGAUCUUCCAUCCGUUUGGAGCGUUAAGGACAUAUAUGAGAUAAACGAAUUCGAUGUUGUAAUGGAAGGGUUUCCUCGAAAUUUGGAACAUUUGGAAUUGCUCAAUAACGAUCCUUUUGCAUGUGGAAAUAUUUUCAACCAUUUUCAUUUUCCACGGAGAAAAAAUAUAAAUAUUAAUAUUUAUAUUCAUUGCUAUAUGAAAGACGCAAAAUCAAGAAAUCAUAUCCUACGUCCCAGCGUUGAUAUGGAGGAGAAUUUGACGGAGUUAGAAAGCGGAUUAUUCCACCUGCUUUUAUUAGUGCACAAAUUUCCCGUACAACAAAAGUUUCCCGGUGAUUAUGUUGUUUCAAACAAUUCAAGCGUAUACGCUGAGGCCAUAAUUCUCCCCUGGAAUUUAGCCCAUCAUAACAACGAGAUAGAUUUGAUUGAUUCAUACGUUGAUAAAAACCGGUGUGAUUUAAGCUGUCAUCGUGAAAUCCCGUGUACCAUUGACUGUCGAGUGCAUUGCGAAAAGUCAACGAUCAACUCAGGUAACUUGUUGAAUUGCACAACAGCUGCAAAGAAGGUGCUUCUAGAGUUCAAGUCUGAUAGCUUCAGCAAGUUUGAGUCGUUGAGAAUCGGUGGUUAUUAUUUGACAAAGCAUCAUUACAACGGUCUCGUGUGCACCGCAAAGGGCUCUGAUAAAGUAUCUGUGGGUUCCAAAUCACAUCUCUGGAAUGUCUCGUUCUCUGCUGACGAGGCUGGUCCCACCAUUGCUCAAUCCGUUGAUAUAUAUUUACAUCUUUCACCUGACCAUUUAAGCUUCUUUGAGGUCAAACUCCGAGAACUAAAACAAGAUCUUAUUAUCCAGCCAAUUAACUCGAUCAAAGUGACGAGUGCACCAACACAAUCGGGGGCGUUUGGUGUAAAUUUGCCAACCGGGAAUUUGUUAUCGGUGCAGGGACGUGUAAUGGCGGUUCAUAGGUCUGAUCAGAUUCGUCCUUUUACCCGAGCUCAUCCUCGUAUUGUUCCUAGAGUGUCUAGUGUCUGUAUUCAUGUUUUAGUCGACCGUAACAUUGUGAAGAUUUCCAGCAGCCUAAGUGAACACAGCUAUCCAACUGGAUUUGGACCGGGCGUUAAAGCUAACUUUCACCGUGUUCUUUUAACAGCUGGAGGGGGUGUGUUUAAGUUGACACCUGCAUCUUUCAUUGAAAUCGACUCCAUAAUCAUUGACGACGACCAAUGUAGCAAUGAGCGCGAUAUUACGUCUGUUACGUCAGUUGUGGGGACCACCACCUCGUUGUUAACUGGUCCUGCAGUUUUAAUUUCUGAAAUGACGCAUUUCUCGGACCGUAAAAAGAUGCGGCUCCAUUGCAAGGUUGUGUCGGUUUAUAUUUUGGUGAUGGAGAAGACUAGUGAGUUCCUGCAGUCCUCGAAAGUUAACUCUUGUGUGAACUUUCCACUUGCGGGUUUUAUAAUGGAUGAUGGAUCGUCUUCGUGCUGUUGUUGGGCCGAUACUGAGACAGCUAUGACUUUAUUGGGUUCUCACAAAUGGUCACCCCAUAAACGUACUAAACGAAGUUCAUAUAAACCAGACAAGAAAUUAGAGGCCUGCGGCUACUCUAUGUCUCGAAUGAGCGAUAUUCUAAAUCAGAAUGGCAGAGUAGUAAUUAAGAACCAUGGAUCGGUGUUUGAUUCAUGUCUAGAUGCUGCGGUUUCAGUUGAUUCAGAUGGGGCACUUAAGGAAUCUGAUGAACAGUUUCUCAAGGCUCUAAUACUUCAAGCUUGCUGUAGUAACACUUGGAAUGUUGUUGGUAGUGUGUUGGAUUCAGAAGCUCUGAAGCAGAUAGAGGAACAGUUGCAAAGGCUAGACAUGAUGAUGAAGCUGCCAUUUGUAAACAUAUGGGCUUCUGAAGUUUCUCAUUUGGAUACUCUCAAUGAAGGAAGAAAAAUUCUUCAACAACUCCUUAAAUCUGAAUGUUGACUGACUCUUCAAACUUUUAAGUAUAGGCAAUGUAUAUAAAAAAUGAGAUAGAUUACAAUUGCUGAUUCUUUGUAGGCUAAACUGCAUGUGCUGGUUAAUUUGAUUAAUAAUCAAUGAAUAUUAUAUAGCCAUAAA